CACGGUUCCAUUCCACCUCCCAAAGGGGAAAAAGAAAAUUCACAUUCGGUUGGACUGGGGUUUCCGUGCACUAGGCGCAAGGCGGCAACACAAAAUUUCAUCUUGUUUUCUAUUGUUGUUUGAAAGUAGAAUAACAACCGGGAAGAACGGCAAUCGGAAACACCGACAGUAAUAGGAGCGCGAGGGUCGCUGGUCGCCUAACGCCUAUCACACACACGUACACAGAUGGGAAGUCCGAAUGCAGGGGCCAAGGACGAUACAGCCACCGACGGCGGCGACACCAACGGGGACCCUUCUGCUUCAGAUUCCAGCCUUUUCUCGGAAGGAGAGAAGGUCCUUGCUUACCACGGCCCCCGAAUCUACGAAGCCAAAGUUCUAAAAGUAGAGCUUGGGAAGAAGGAAUGGAAAUACUAUGUUCACUAUCUUGGCUGGAGCAAAAAUUGGGAUGAAUGGGUAGGUGUGGAUCGUUUAAUGAAAUUCACUGAAGAGAAUGUUCGGAAGCAACAGACACUUGAAAAAAGACAGGGUGCGGAUAAAAAUCCAAAGUCAGGACGUUCAACUCAAAUCAAGCCAAAAAACUCUACUGAUGCAAAAGUGGACAAAGAAGAUGUUAGGAAUCAUGUGUCUAGAGGCAAAAAGCGCAAGAGUGACUCUGGUGUUGAGGAGAAGGAUACUGAAUCUGUUGAGAAGCUUGUGAAGGUCCAAAUUCCAUCAACCCUAAAGAAGCAACUUGUGGAUGAUUGGGAAUUUGUUACUCAGCUGGGUAAGCUUGUUAAGCUUCCACGUUCCCCAAGUGUUGAUGAUAUAUUGAAAAAGUACCUUGAUUACAAGUCAAAGAAGGACGGCAUGAUAGCUGAAUCAAUUGGAGAGAUUCUGAAGGGGUUACGUUGUUACUUCGACAAAGCAUUACCUGUGUUGCUCUUGUACAAAAAAGAGCGCCAACAAUAUCAUGAAGCAGUUGUAGAUAACACAUCACCUUCUACUGUAUAUGGUGCUGAACAUCUUCUGCGACUCUUUGUAAAGUUGCCUGAAUUGUUGGCCUAUGCAAGCAUUGAGGAGGAGACAAUGACGCGGUUGCAGCAGAAAUUGCUUGAUUUUCUCAAAUUCCUGCAAAAGAAUCAAAGUGCCUUCUUUCUUUCUACUUACGAUGGCCCAAAAGGUAUUGAAGGAAGUGGAGAACAAAAUGACUGACUCAGCAUGACAACAUAGUCGACUGUGUACCAAUACUACCAUCGAACUGCAAAAGGCAUAAAUAGAGAGAUCUCAUUAAUAUGUCUGCAUAUUUCUCUUAGGACUUCGAGCUCUCUGGGAAGAUGGUUCAUUUGUUGUUGAUGAAGCAGCCAAGUUUAGUGUAUUCUAUCAGCGAUAAUUGUUGUAUUUGUACAUGUUUGGACUUUCUCGUCAAGGUCCUCUUUUUUCUGUAAUUGUUGUAAUUUUGGGAGUUUCUGGUCAAGUUAUGGAUGAGGUCUUUUGCAGUUUAUAGUUGCCUGAGAUUUUAAAAUACGUUGUUAAAGUUUUUCAGUUGCAUGAACCCAAGACAACUGCAUGUUGGAUAUAUUUUGAUUCGGCAAAACCACA